AUGCUUCUUUACAAAUAUGGUGGGAAAGGUUCCAUGCGUUAUGUUUUCAUCCAUGGAAACCAUGAAAUUGGCCCUCCUUCGGACCAGGUGACCGUGGAAGCAAAUAUUGUGAUUUUCACUGGGCUAGGCAACAUUAUUGACGAAGUGGAUAGUAUAUAUGGCAACAACGCGCAUAAUUUUUCUACGCCGUAUUCUUUCAGCAAUGGAGUUUGUACUCAGGUUGAUGGGCAACCCAAUAAGUUUAUUCCCGCUCGGGAAUUUACUGAGCGGCUUCUGACAAAUGUUUCUAUCCCCACCAUUAUCAUGGGGGAAUUUUCUACAUUUCUGGCUAAUUUGGUGUGUCUCCUAUCUAGCGAUCAAAUCGGUAUUUCGUCAAGACCACAGGAUGAUUAUCUUUACCUGGCAGUAGUAGUAUAUGGCAGAAGUGACCGUCCACCUUGCAGUCUUGAUGACAGAGUCUACCUUGCCAAAACAGUACGGGGCUUUGUGCCGUACUUUGUUCAGUCAAUGUCCAUCAGGAGCGACAAUUAUCUCCCAGGUGACGCGCAAACUUUGUGCAGAGAACUCACCAAUUACCUCAAGCUGAAAGCAGAUGACAAGGAGUUCAAUGAUUUUAUUGAAUUAUAUCGGAGACGCUAUUUCCGCAAUUCUUCGGUGCAAAAAGAGGCUAUUCUUGAAUCAUGCUUGCUUCACAUUCUCAAGAUGCCUUUCGACCUGAGUUCUUCUAUUAUACAUGGCUUGAUAAGGCAAUGAGAUUAUUCCUGUUUUGUUUAAAAGGCUACUUACCACAGACAUUUUCCGAUUUGCAACAACGCUUGUAUCUUAUGCGAG